UCCUUCAACUAUUUAAUGGACCAUCACAAGUGCAAAUGUGAUCGACCACAAUUGGCAAUUCGAUUUUGUAAAGUUAUACACCAAGCUUCGAAUCAUAUUCCAAAUCUAUCUGACUUUUUACUUCGAUCUACACAAAUUGUUCUCUCUAUGGCUUUUAGAUCAGUGUCUUCUCUAAAGUCCGCACUGAAUCAGUUAAAGGGAAGCUCAUCACUAAAUUAUGCAACAGCUGCCACUUCAAAACUUAAGGCAGCUUCUCCCCUCCAACUCAAAGAGACUGUGCCCAAGUCCCGGAAAGGAGACUUUGUGCCAGUAUGUGUGGCUCUAGGGAUGAUCGGACUGUCUACGAGUUUCGGGCUGCACACGGCGAUGCAUCAGCUGAGGCGAGCCCCUAAUGUAUAUGUGAAGAAAUCAAGAAGGGAAACUCUGCCAGAGAUAAUGGAACCAGAACAUGUUGCAGAAGAGGCCGAAAAGUUUGUCAAUAAAUCAUUAUUCCGAAAGGUGGCUCACAUUCAGGAUCGUGCUAGCAGGCUUGUCAUUCCUGAUCCUCGUGGCGACGUUUAUACCAAGAAGCCAGGUGUGGAGACCUUGAAGACUAUAGGAGUGGAUCCGAAUCUGUAAAUUAAUCAUAGGCUUUGUGGUCGAGUUAGGUUGCAGUUUAGAGUUUGUUCUCUAAUUAAUUCUGUAAUGCGAUCCGAAGACGAUGAACUAUAUAUGAGUAAAAUCCGUGUAAUAUAUCUGUAGAUUUUUAAGUUUACAUGGUGGUGAUAUCCAUGAUAUUUUGUGCGU